AUGCCGUUUUUAAGAUCAUUGGAGGUCGACAGCAGUCACGAGCUACGCAGCUCCAAAACUCUCAUCGGAUCCAAUGCACCGACCUGCGACGUUGUGAUCUCGGGCGACAACAUCUUGGAGCUCCAUGCACUUCUCAACUUGUCUGCAGAUAAAGCGUCGGCCAAGUUGGUGCCGUUCUCAGCCACAGCGGCUGGUGUCUGCUACGUCAACGACGUUGUAGUCCUUAAAGAAGGGACUGUCGUCGUGCAUGGAGAUCGACUAGCCUUUGGGAACCCACACAACGUGUUUCUAUUUGAACUCACUCCUCACCCACAGGUGACUGCACUGCCACAACGGUCGGUUGAAAAGUCCGAAGAGCAUUCAGUUGAUCAAACUUCCAGUACUACUGGCAAUCGAGCCUUUCGAAAGGCGUUGGAUACUCUGCGAGGAGAUCGCAGAGAUUGUACCCCCCAUGCAUCUGUGAGUGCCUCCAUUCAAAACAAUCUGCUAUCAACACGGAAUCAAAGCAGCAUAUCUUCGUAUGCGGAUUCAACUGCACCGUCACUAAUGUCCAAGGGCCAAUUAAGCAAAUUCUUAGUCGAGGCUUCAUCUGAUUCUCUGCUUAGUGACUACGUGGAACGCAAACUCAGCCAACGUCGUAGUAGACAGUCCUCUCUUGCAAAUUCAAACCAUAUUGAACGUACGAGGCAAAAUAAAACGUCAAGUAGUAGUGUACAUGUACGACAGUCAAGAAAGCAACGAAACUUCGCAGAAGUGGAAAAACUACGACUUUCUCAACGAAUUCGAGACGUCAACGAUGUUCUGAAUGGAGACAUGGAAUUCCAAGAGAGCUACCUUGACGAUGACAGUGAAGACGACGAAGACGACGAGCUACCAGUAAUGAUCGAGAGGGUCAAACCUCAAACACCGGCAAAUCUCUCAGCCUCGAUUCAGACGGAGCAUUCAGAUCAAGAAAACAUCUUAAAUCCUGAUGAAGCUGAAGAGCGGAGUGAUCAGCUUGACUAUUCACUCGAAAGUGAGGCAACUUCAAGCCAAACGUACAACCCACCAAAAGCUCGUAGCUUCUUGUCGAAAGCGAUGGAGCUAGGAUUCAACGAUCUCACCCGCUCACACUCACGUCCGAUCAAUACAGCUCGACAAGAAGCCGCGAAAACUGCGCUACAGGAGGAACUCAUUAAGCAGGCGAUCCGACGCAAGAAGAACGAAAUCAUAAGUGAAACAUUCGUGCGGUGGGUACGAGGUCUUCGAAUUCAGAGUCGAAAUCGCGAGCGUACAGCUCGACAGCUCGACGAAGUACGAACAGCACUCGGGAAACUGCGUCGUGAUCAGUAUUUUAUUCGCUGGCGAGACUUCGCAGCUUUGAUCAACCAAGUGCUAAUGUGUCGCUUAGAAGCAUUCCAACAGCGUCGCGAGUGGCGACUAGUUCGGAAAUGCUGGUCAUCUCUCCGCCUCAGCAUCUUAUCGACAAGGCAGCGAUCAAUGCUGUUACGAGGACUUGUAAUCAAGAAAGCGGUCCUGAAGAACCAUGACGCAUUCCGACGGUGGCAGCAAUUCGUCUUGAAGUGCUCGACGCGCAAUCAAUUGGGCGACGUGCAGCGUGCUGAACGUCUUAAGCUCGAUGCUCAUCUGGAGCGAAUGUCUGAGCGUCAUUACAAUCACAGAAUCGUACAGCCAUUGCUUACUCAGAUCCUGCGACAAUGGAAAAUGACUGCAGAUCGGUUUAAGAAUCAGCGACAGAUAUUACGAAGAGUCCUUGUUCAUGGCACUUCGAAGCUGACUCAUCGAGCUCUGAGAAAAUGGAUAGAAGUUACGAUGAUUUCGAGGUAUUCGCUGGACUUGAAGAAGCGAACCGAGCAGGAGAUAAAGAGAACUACCGAUCGUUUAACGAGCCAGCACGACCAAGCGCAAUUGUCUUUACAAGAAAGCAAUACUCAGCAACUCCAGAAGCUCAUGGUCGCAAUUGAGAAGAAAGACCGAGAGUUAGAGCAACUGAAGCGCCAACAACGUGCUGAAGCUCUCGAGAAGGUAAGUUGA